ACCAUUGUACUAGUUUUGUGGGGUAGCCAUUUUAACUUUUGGCGUCGAAAAAACUACGGAGAGCAAAAUUCGCAUAUCCUGUAGUUUUUUAUUUUGCAUUUAACGCAAGUCAGUUUGGUCGUGCAGGCAGCUGAAGCUUAGCUCGUGUGUGUGUCCCGAGAGAUUCGAAACGUGUGGGUUAGCAGUUCAGUUGUACACAGUUGUCUAAUUAACUCAUCGAGUCAAGUACAGUACAAUGUCGAUGUCUGCCACGUGCUACAAGUGCAACCGGCCGGGCCACUUUGCCCGGGACUGCAGUCUCGGCGGUGGACCAGGAGGUGGUGGACCCGGAGGUGGCGGCGGUAUGCGUGAUGGCGGCGGCGGCGGUGGCAUGCGUCGCAAUCGUGAAAAGUGCUACAAAUGCAAUCAAUUUGGGCACUUCGCACGCGCGUGCCCAGAGGAGGCCGAGCGAUGCUAUCGCUGCAACGGCGUUGGUCAUAUCUCCAAGGACUGCACUCAGGCCGACAAUCCAUCAUGCUACAGGUGCAACAAGCCCGGACAUUGGGUGCGCAAUUGCCCAGAGGCUGUCAACGAGCGCGGAUCGGGACCGGCAAAUGUCUCGUGCUAUAAGUGCAACCGCACCGGACACAUCUCCAAGAACUGCCCGGAGACAUCAAAGACUUGCUAUGGCUGCGGCAAGAGCGGACAUCUGAGACGUGAAUGCGACGAGAAGGGCGGACGGAACUAGGAGAGAUCGGCGCUAGCGCUUAUUCUCUCUCUCAUCAAAAAAUCAACGAAAAUGUUUUGUCAAAUAAAAAAAAAUGAAAAGAAAAAAAUUUAAUGAAAAAAAAAAUCAAUUGCCAGCCAAACAACAACAAGAAGAUCAAGAACAUCUUAAAAGAACAGCAAAGCAAGAAGCGACCAAUCAGUAAAAUAACAAGUCAAGAUCAACAGACACAUACGAAAACAUCCCUAAAACACCACACACAUACAAACUCGAACACACCAUAUACACAUACAAACAAACAUUCAUACAAACACCUACACCCACACAACUACAUAUAUUUAACCAUCAUCUAAGCAGUACAUCUCUAAUUCCAAAGCUCUGAGCCUGCAGUCGAAGAUGAAACAUAAUGAAGACUAAGAAGAAGCACACGACGAUGGAGAACUGCCUCGGUGCAGUUGUGAGCUGAAGACAGAGAGGGACAGACAGACGGACGUCGUCGUUGUAUUUAGUAGCUACUUCCACAAUACAAGAUAGCAGAGAGAAUGAACAUCAGAACUAUAUUACGAUUAUGCUGCAAACGUGUUUGAAUUUACUAAUUACAAUUAUAACGAAAGAAAAAACAAACAACUAUAUAAGAAUAUAUAAUUUACCUUAAACAAAAAGAUAAAAAAUUAUAUUAAAAAAACACAUACACGUAAUAUAUACAUAUAUAUAUAUAAAUA